CUCUUUGUCACCCAUUUGGAAUCACUAAGGCCGCCGGUCUUUGUGUUUCUUCUUACCAUGUGAAUCUCUUCUCCUUCCUGGACGGCAAGUUUAUUCACCAGGAUCCAAUAUCAUUCCACCUCUUAGACCUUGUGGCCCUCGCCCAACCCUCAGUCCAUCAGGCGACUCCUUUCGGAACCUGAUGGCGCGGCAACCAGCCUCCACUACUAGGAAUAGUAACGUUUCAGCGGUCUCGCAUUUCCACUCGGACCCACCUUAUUGGGCUGGGUCAUCUGCGAGUAGAGUCCCACAACCGAUGUCUCCCCCUUUAUCCAACCAUCAGAAACCGGAGCAGGCAUUCCUCAUGCCUACUAGCGCAACCCGUCGCCGGGGUAGCGCAGACUACCGCCCCAGCAUAAAGAAGGCCCAGGGGCAUAUUCCUGCAUGUCUGGUCAACGCCUCGGUGACGUAUUGCAAUGAUGAUCAGAUCUAUGCCUUUGGCGGCUUUGAUCAGUACACAGAUGAAGUGUACAACCAUGUCUUGAGACUUAACUUGGCUACUUUGCGAUGGGAGCUGAUUGACAAUUAUGGGGAUAUCCCGGGGGUUCGCAUGGGGCAUACCGCCAACCUUCACCAUGGAAAUAAACUCAUCGUUUUCGGCGGAGAAAACGAACAUCGCGAAUAUCUCUCAGACGUGGUUAUUCUGGAUAUACCUACCUCUACUUGGCAUCAACCGGAAAUUCGUGGACCGAUCCCGCGUGGAAGGGCUCGACAUGCUGCCGUCAUCCACGAUGAGAAACUUUUCAUUAUUGGAGGCGUUACCGGCGAAAGCAACAUCAUCCUCGAUGAGCUGUCAUAUCUCGACCUGAAGACUUGGACCUGGUCUCGUUCCUGGAGAUUCACCGCUCGAUUCGAUCACAUUGCCUGGGUCUGGGGCGACCGCCUGUGGAUAUUUGGGGGCCUUGAUCCGGAUAUGGAGCGCACGACUGACAUCUGGUGGCUCGAUCUCAAAGGCAUUCCCUCUCUUGGAAUGUCAGCUUCUCAAGGUACCGUGGAUUCCCAUGUUCAGCUCGGCAACAUGACUCAUAGCCCAGAUGGAAUAUUUAGUGCUUCAUCACAUCAACUGACUGCCCGGUCUAACAACUAUGCGGCCAAUUCGGGAAGUGUCCAAGUUCGCAACUCUAACCGUCGGAAGCCGAUUGCUCCCGGAGCAAUCUCCUGCCUCAAAUUCACCUCUGGCCCUCACGUCCCUGCGCUGUUCUCCGGCACUCACUUCCAAGCAUAUGCGUCCGGCGUUCUACUGGAUUUGGUCACUCCGUCAGAAACAGUGCGUGAAGACAAUUGCAAACUAUCAUCUCUGGACCUCGACUCCUUGCGAUGGCAGAGAUUAGCCGAUGGCCAAGAAAUCUUUCAUUCCGGAUAUCGCUGGCAUUACUGCACCAUAGAUCCGAGCGGCACCAAAGCCUGGCUAUUAGGCUGCAGUUUGGACGUCGGUGCGACCCCCGGAACCGGCGAUGACAAUCAUAUGAGCGAUGUUCUUUGUAUAAAUCUGGAAAAAUAUGGCUUACUAGGCAACAAGAUGGCAGAAUUCUCGUCGGACCAGAGCAGGAUGAUGUAUCACGAUCAUUCAGGGCUGGGGCACACCUCUGGCCUUAGCUCGGAUCUUUUGGCCGUAUUUGACCAACCGCCGGUAUCUGGCAGUGGUGCCGACUUCAUAGUCACCGCCAAUCCCGAUGACCAGAAUGAUUUGGAUGAUUCAAGUCAUCAUGCUGAUAACCCGCAAUUGGAAAUGGGACUGAUCCCUCAUGACGCGGUCACGUCUCCCCCAAUUCAUGUGCACCGUCUUAUCUUGCAGAUUAGAUGGCCUCACUUCAAAAGGCUGUACUCGGCUCGGAUGGCAGAGUUUCACACUAAGAGAAUGCACAUCCCCGAACCCUACUCUGUUGUCCGCGCGUUUCUCUACUACCUCUAUACCGGCAGCAUUUCGGGUCAUCCGGAAUAUUGCUCCGACAUUAUCGACGUGGCGGGUAUGCUCGUGAUGGCGAACCUCUACGAUUUGCCCACGUUGCGUCUACUAUGUGUCAACCGGCUGAGCCGCGAGUUGGACGUCGAGAAUGCCGCCAUCAUCUGGGAACGAGCUGGCAGGACGAAUGAGCAAUGGCUUAUGCGACGCGCAGCUCAAUUUUGUCUUAGCCACUGGGGUCGAAUCGUGCGGACUGACGGGUUCAAGUCUCUUAGCCGGCAGAGUCUCAUUGAUUUAUGUGGGGUUGUAGACAUGGAAGGCCGCAUCGUCGCCGGAACAGAGCUGGAACAGGAUGGGGCGUCCGAAGGCCACGACCGAGAGCACAAGCCUCCACAACAGGCCAUUUCUGGCACUACGGCUGAAGAGGUCGAUGGAAUGGAAAAUGAUGAUGCGGAGGCGAUGGAAAUGUCCUAAGCCUUGUUUGAAGCACUCGGCUGUGUUUCAAAGAAAAGUACCCUUUGAGAGGACUGCACGAAGCCAUGGAUGGAGAUGGACAAAUGUCGUUUCUCUUCGCUAUUCUACUGUAUCUUUUCUUUUGCCUUUUCUUUUUCAUUGUGUUUCUCCUUCUCUUGCAAAGCAAAGUGUGUUCAAGGCGUUGGUAUUGGAUGGAGGGGAGUUGCAUGGGGAAGGGCAUUGGUCAUAAGGAUUUAACGAGAUUUGCUUGCUAUUGCUGCUGUGUAGAUUCCAAUGAUGAACAGAUCUAUUGCGAUAGAUUCCCCGCG